AUGGAAACGGACGCUCACUUGAUGUCGCAAGCACAACUUUAUGCACAAGCUCCUCAACCAUUACAAAUACAACACUCGCCAGCUCCUAAACCAACCAAAGGAAUGCAACAAACAAGUGCACCGACGUCAGCUGAUGCCUGUUUGAGUAUAGUACAAAGUUUGAUGUGCUAUCGACAGGGAUGGGAAAGAGAAGCAUUUGCCAAACGAGCGAUUGAGUCACUGGUUAAAAAGUUAAAGGGUAAAAGAGAUGAAUUAGAUAAUCUUAUUCUAGCUAUAACUACAAAUGGUUCGAAUCCAAGUAAAUGUGUUACAAUACAAAGAACAUUAGACGGACGGUUACAGAUAGCUGGGCGUAAAGUUUUUCCGCAUGUAAUAUAUGCAAGAAUCUGGCGAUGGCCAGAUUUACAUAAAAAUGAACUCAAGCACUUAAAGUAUUGCCAAUAUGGUUUUGAUUUAAAAUGUGAUUCUGUGUGUGUUAAUCCGUAUCAUUAUGAUCGUGUUGUAUCACCAGGCAUAGAUUUAAGUGGUCUAACACUACAAAGUGGUACAUCUAAUAAUGGUUCUGGCCGAAUAAUUAGCCUAAUAGAUGAGUAUAAAGCUGGCGGGGAAGGAAUGUCUACCUCGCCAACUGGUUCUGGUCAAGUUAGCAGUUCCAAUAUGAACAGUGAUGUACCCGGAAACAGCCCAUCUAUGAGUGUACAACAUCACUUACCUCUUUUAUGUCACCACAGAAUUCCAGCCACUGAUGUUUCUCAACAAUCAACCGUCUCUCAAGCUGCUGGAGAUAUUCGUUUGUUUCGGCCCACACUACAGCAGCACCAAAUUAGUGUAAAUUCUCAAGUACAGAUUAAGACUGAACCAUGUGAAAAUUGGAUGCCAAGUACACCAUCACAUACACCUCCCAAUAGACCAACAUACAUGCCAUUUCAAAAUCCCAGUAUGCUCAAAGUACAAAAGAAAGACAAUUUAUUACCUAGUCAAACAACGACACCUCAUGAUUAUCAAGAACCUACCACCCUGAUGCCUGGUACAAUAACAGAUAAUCGACCAGUACAAAGCACAUUUACUUAUACACAUUCAAUGAAACCACCACAUCCAAUAUUUUGGGGAGAGUCUGAAAUGGGACUUAAUGGUUUAUUAUCAUCUCAGCCAGCUCCUGAAUAUUGGUGUUUAAUUGCUUACUUUGAAUUUGAUACUCAAGUUGGAGAAAUGUUUAAAGUUACAUCUACUUGCCCUAAUGUCACUGUUGAUGGUUAUGUUGAUCCCUCUGGAGGUAAUCGAUUUUGUUUGGGUGCCAUCUGUAAUGUUCAAAGGACAGAACAAAGUGAAAGAGUUAGAUUGCAUAUUGGGAAAGGUAUUCAAUUAGAUCUGGUUGGAGAAGGAGAUGUUUGGUUAAAAUGUCAGAGUAAUCAAUCAGUUUUUUUGCAGUCAUAUUAUUUAGAUAGAGAAGCUGGUAGAGCACCAGGAGAUGCAGUCCAUAAAAUUUAUCCUCGUGCAUACAUUAAAGUUUUUGAUCUUAGACAGUGUUAUAAGCAAAUGUGUCAACAAGCUGAAACAGCUAAAAACGCAGCUGCCGCACAAGCGGCAGCAGUUGCAGGACACCUUGCAGGAUCUCAAAUUGUGGAUGGUAUUGCUCCAGUUAUAAGGUUGAGUGCUGUAGCAGGUAUUGGAGUAGACGAUUUAACAAGAUUGUGCAUAUUAAGAUUAAGUUUUGUAAAAGGUUGGGGUCCCAACUAUCCACGAAGUAGCAUUAAAGAGACUCCAUGCUGGAUAGAAGUUCAUUUACAUCGAGCAUUACAACUUUUGGAUGAAGUGUUACACUCAAUGCAAAUAGAUUCAUCAAAAGUGUCGCAGCCGGGAAUGAAGCAAUAAUAGUUUGUGCGCCCGGACGUCUGCACACACCUUAUCACACACACGACCGACCUUUGUAACUUGUGUGUAAUGGUGUUAUAGCUCCACUAGAAUUGGUUGGGUUCGCCGCGCAAGUACUAGUGAGCUAUAUGGUGUACUGAUGUGUAAGGUGUGUAUAUAUGUUUGUGUGUGUGCUUAAAAAC